UCAUUAUUAAUAUCGAUAAUGAUAUAUCAAAUGUACAAAAACGUCAACUGCCAAUGCUGGAAGAAGAAUCCAAAACGGUGCCAAAACAACUUUUGCUGGUAAAAACCAAUGUGGUGCUUCUAAUUUCAAACAUAUUAAAAUUUGGGCACUUAGUUUCAUGAACACAGCUGUCAUAUACCAUAUCUGAAAAAAAACUAUUUCAGUUUUCAUAAAAUGCAACAAAGUAACCAGUUUCAUCAAGAUAAAUAGUUAUAUCAAAUUCAUAGGCUUUGCAUUAUAUAUAAAAUACAUUCAGAAAUUUAUACUUAUAAACUUUAAUAUUAUGAUUUAUCUAUUUAUAAGAAACUAAGAAGUAUUUACAGAUAAUUUAAAGUUUCAUUCAACAAAUGUUACAUAUAAUUUCACUUACAACAUAUACAUGAUGAAUUAAAUUUUUUUUUAAUGAAAUUUCUAUUAAUACAGUAAAAUGAAUACUAUAUCUUUUAUUUAUUUAUGUAACUAGGGGAAUAACAUAUAUAAAUUGAAAUACAAAGCUUCAUAAUCCUUUUAUUAAUAAAUUAUUUCAUAACAAUUUACAUACAAGUAAUAGUUUUUGAUGAAACUGUAUGUAUAAUAUAGUCUAUUAUAUUUCUUUUAACUUAUAUUUUGUUAUUCAACUUACUUCCCAGCGUAAAUUAAUAACACGUCCAUUUUUACAAUGAGAUAUCAUAUUAAAAACAAUAUAAACCAAAAGUAUGUGAUCAUACAACCACAUUGGAAUAAAAACAAUGAACCAAUUCCAUUGUAUUCUCUGAUCGAGCCUCAAGACAAGCAGAAUCAGAAAAAUUAAAAGAUUAAACCAUGUAAAUAGAGCACGAUGCAACACUGCCAUUGAUACAUAAAAUUAAACACGUCAAAAAUCACGAGGCAAACAUGAUUUUGAAACUAUACGGUCAUUCGAUGUUUACACCAAUAUUUGAUAUGCUAUAUAAGUACUUAACUAACCUAUAAAUUCAAACAAUUUCGAAGAUGUCGCUACUUACUAACAAUAAAUAUCAACACAAUAUAUGAACUAAUAUAAAUAUAUUGAUAUUAUAUAAAUAUAUCGCAUUAUGAAACAACAUAAAAAAUUUAUUAUUGUAGAAUAAAUUUCUUUUUUAAAUUUAAUAAAUAAUAAUAAUAAUAUAUAAUAAAUUUUAUGUAUUUUUGUACUAUAUAUAUAUAUUUUUUUAAAUUUAUUUUCAUACUGUAAAUUAUUAAAAUAAUUAUAUAAAGAUACAUUUAUUCAUAUAUUUAUAUAUAAAAUAACACGAGUUACUGUUACAAUAAUCUUAAAAAAUCAUCAUGUUUUCUACGGACAUAUCUCUUAUCACGGACAUAUACGUAUAUGACUAUAUGAUAAACACAUAAAACUAGAUUAUAUAACUGUCUCAUCAUAUAAUAUUAAUCUUUUAAAAUAACUGUUAAAGGAAAUAUAAUGUUACAAACUGUAUAUUAAUACACUUUAAAAAAAUGAGAAUAUGUCUAUUGUUUAAAUUACUGAAGAGUAAAUUACUAAAUCUAAAAUUGCCUAAGUAACUUAAAAUAGUAAAAAAUAUGCUAAUUUUUAUCAGGACUGUUUUAUCAUUCGAUAGCAAAUAUCAGUCUUAAAAAUUGUACGGUCAUUCAGUUAAGCAAUAGAUAGUUUAACGAAUUGUUCAACGAAUUUUCAUAGAGUAAAUAUUGAUGUAGUUUAGAGUAAAGAUUGAUUUGUUGAAAUAUUUUCCUAAACGGUACUCACAAUCAGAAAUAAAUCAAACUGAAUGCUAUAAACAUAAUUGUGCAUAUAAUAGUGUAAAUAUUAUCGUAGUCAUUAUGUUGGAUAAAGAGAAGCUUACAUCAAUUGGACCUUACGUGCGUAUAUUAUAUUUAAUAACCUUUUUGUUUUUUAAAAUACUCACUUACAUAUAUAUUUUCUUUGAUUUGAAAUUAAUAAAGGAUUAAAUCAUUGUAUCAAAUUACAUAACCAAAUAAUUAUAUUUAAAUAAAUAACAUGAAGAAGUAUGUACGUGUCUCUUAACUCUCAUGUGAUUGUUUUAACAAAUCAUUUAUGUAAAAUUUUUCAUUGCCUAAUUGCAUUUACAAAUUUCCUUUUUAUUCACUACAUCCGUUUUGUACGACGAAUAAAAUGGAAGUAUUAAUAAAUUUAAAUUCAUGCAAAUCUAUUCAUUAAUUUUUAAUUUUAAAUGAAUCGUAUAGGUAUGGUGAUACAUAAAUGAAUAUGUAUAUUUUUAUUAAACUAUUCGUAACGUGUGCGUAUAUAUAUAUAUGUACAUUAACGUUUAUAAUUUAAAUUAUAAUAUAAUUUAAUAUAAUAUAAUAAAAACUAAAAAUGUACAAAAAAUAUAAUUGAAGAUAUUUAAUAUAAUUCAUGCUCCGUGGCAUUCAUUUAAUAAAAAUGCUAUUUAUGUAAUACAAUAAUAUAUAAACGAUAUAUGGAAUCUUCAGGUUAUGUGAUACUUUAUAGGAAAUAUGAAACAAUUUUUGUUUGAUGUAUCAUCAUAAAGCUACAUUUAUUGUAUCAUAUAAAUGUUAUGUACAUAAUACUUCCAGUAACAUACACAUGUAUCUAUAAAUACAUUAGAAUGGUAGAACUGUUCUUAGAUCAAGGAAAAUAAGAUCUAUUUUAAAGGAUAGCGCCCUAUAUCUGAUCCCAUAUAGAAGCCGGCAAUAUCUCGAAGCGUGCGCAUAGAAAUUUCAGAAACCGGUGAUUGGUAAUAAACCAAAGGCAUAUUCUGUAUUCUUUUCCAAUACGAAUAAUCUCUAACCGUUAGUAUUUGUGAAUUUUUUUUUAUCAAUCCCCUCUAUUUCUUCCUCUGGUCAGAUCCUUAGUCUUACACUUUCGCUAUAAUUGGAACCACGUGUAAUUUAAUUUACGAUGUCAAAUUUACGAUCAUUGGUAAGUAAAUUUGAAUAAAAAAAAAUAUAAAUUUGAAUAAAAAAAAAUUAAAGUUCCGAAAAUAUAAUGAAAUAUUAUUUAUAUUAAUCAAAAAUAUUAGAGAAAUAAGUCAUGACAUGUAACUGGUUUCAUUGUUUUUAUGAAUAACUUUGAGAAAUCAAUUUCUGCCUUUUAAAAUUUAGUUUAUUAUUGUUUUAUUCUAAGUUUAUUUUUAGUUUCUAAUUUCUAUGAAUAUGUAAAAGGAGCGAUUUAAUAAUUGUAUAAAUGAGAAAGAGUGUUUGUGAAAUAAUGCGUCAUUUGAUUCAAUAAAUUGAUUGUUCAGAAGUUGAACUUCCCACUUAUUGUUGUAAUAGGUAUUCAUAAAUAUUUAUGAUUUUGUGCUUCUAUAUAUAUAUAAAGAUGACAUUCAAUAGUAUAGUCACAUUUUGAACUUUUGAACUUAUUUAUUUUGUUGUUAUCUUUUAAGUAUACGGUAUAGCACAGUUUAAACUAAUUUCUUAUAUAAAUCAGUAGUUCGGAAUUACAAAUCUUGUUUUCAAAACUUGUAAUUUUUAUGUUUUCUUUUUAUUUUCUAGUUUGUACCAGUAUUAGCUGCUGUAGGAACCAUAGCUGUAAUAGGAUUAGUAAUGAAAUUCUACAAAAGUUGGAAUAGUGAUAAAAAAAAGAAAGCUCCGAUUUUGUUAGUUGAUCCAGUUGUAAAAUAUAGUUUACCAUUAAUAAAAAAAGACAUAAUAAAUCACGAUACAAGAAAAUUCAGAUUUGCAUUGCCUACUCCAGAUCAUGUAUUAGGAUUACCAAUUGGUCAGCAUGUACAUUUAACAGUAAAAAUUGAAGAAGAAGUUGUUAUACGUUCUUAUACUCCUGUAUCAAGUGAUGAUGAUCAUGGUUAUGUAGAUCUUGUUAUUAAGGUUUAUUUUAAAAAUGUACAUCCAAAAUUUCCGGAAGGAGGAAAAUUGUCUCAGUACUUGGACAAUUUGAAAAUUGGAGAUACAGUUGAUUUUAGGGGACCUUCUGGUCGACUUGUUUAUAAAGGUCAUGGGAAGUUCUGUAUAAAAAUUUUAAGAAAAAGUCCACCUGUAGAAUAUAAUAUUAAAAAGAUUGUAAUGUUAGCUGGUGGAACAGGAAUCACACCAAUGUUGCAAUUAAUUCGUGCUAUAUUAAAGGAUUCCACAGAUGAAACUCAAGUUUCUCUACUUUAUGCCAAUCAAACAGAAAAAGAUAUAUUACUUCGGGAUGAAUUAGAUGAAAUUGCAAAAAAUCAUCCUAACAAAUUAAAACUUUGGUAUACACUAGAUUCCGCUCGUGAAAGUUGGCCAUAUAGCAUUGGAUAUAUAGAUUCUGAUAUGAUAAAGCAACAUAUGUUUCCUCCAUCAUUUGAGACAAUAGUACUUAUGUGUGGUCCACCUCCAAUGAUUAAUUUUGCUUGUAAUCCCAACCUUGAUAAACUCGAUUAUGAUUCAAUAUUACGAUUUGCUUAU